UUGAAUUGAAAUGAAAAUACAGUUGAAAUGAAAAUACAACCCACCUAUUUUUGUUUCAUUUCAAUGUUGUACGAUUAAGUGAUUCGUUCUUUAAUAUAUAUUUUUAAACUGUUAUUUAUUAUUCGUGUGACUGCGGCGACGGGGAUUCGUGUGUAUCUCUCGGUCGUGCUCAGCCCCAGCCAGCAUAGCAAUCCGAUUUAGACACUCGUAACGAGAGCGCGUUUUGCCGUUUGUUGUGUGAUUCUCGGGAAAUAAAAUCUUGUGUGUCUGCAGAUGGGAAUCUGCGGCUGCCGGCUCCGCUGGUCGGUGUAAUUUCUGCUGCCGUCACAGACCAAAACGGACACUGCAGCAGCAGCGAACCGGAGUGGAAGCAGAGAGAAAGAAAAUAGGCAUCGCAAAGCGGGAAUCGCAAGAAGCAAGUUGUCCGCUACAGAAGUUGUGGCCACGGCAAGCAAAUCGCCAACCAUUCGCCUUGGCGGAUGCCGUCGUUCACUUGUACGUUCGUUCGGUUCGUUUGUGCGUUCGCUCAGAUGGUCGUGCGUGUUAGCUGGCUGGGACAAGGAUUACUGCCGUGUGUUCGCGCGUUGAUUAGUUGGCUAGAGUGUGGUCAGUGAAGGUACUUUGCCACAGUGACAGUGUCUGAAUAUUGUUUGACGUUCGUGUUUUGCAUCCAGAAAAAGGAAGAGCUCGGUAUCGCGGUGCGUAUCAGGAGUGCGAAUAAUUUAUCGACUGGAUAGUGUGGAUCAUUGCGGAGGUGCAUGAGUUGUGCAAAUUGCGUGCGUUCAAAGCGAUUGAACGGCCCGAAAAUGAAUUGGCAUCAGUUUUAUUCGUACUGAAAUAGUAGAAAUGGUUUGAAAUACGCACAAUACGAGUUGUGUGCGUGUGUGUACGUGUGAGUGGUGUGGAGUGAAUCAAAGUAAAGGAUUAGAUAGAAGGGUGUUUUUCUUGUGAUUCAUACAGUGAUAGUGAAGUGUUGCUGUGAUCGUCUCAAUCGAUCGCGAGUGAUGGAUUCCGCGAUGGAUACUGCAUCUACGGCCAGCGAUCACAGUAUCGCUUCGUCGAACGAUUCCAGGGGCCGCAACAUUUCGUCCCCAAUACAGCACAACCACAACGGUAGCAGCAGCCAUCAGCACCAGCUGGACAAAACGCGCACCCCGACGCCCGUGAGUCCAGUGCACAAUAGUCACAGCGGCGGCAGCAACAACGGCCCACUGAGCAAUCAUCACAGUAGCCGCCAACUUUCGUCUAGUCCACUGAGCGCCGGCGGUCCGGUCCAAAUGAUGGGUCACAUGGGGCACCCGCUAAGCCCUCCGCACGUGUCCACGCCGAGCAGUAUGGCGGGCAUGGUCGGUAUGCCGCCCCGGAUGGCACAGAAUCUGUCGCAUUUGCCGCCCCACGGACUCGGCCUGCUUAACUCCUUCAUGCACCACGCUAGUCCGCUCGAUCUGAUGGCCGCGGCGCACCAUCACGUGCCGCCGCGAUCGUACAACAGUCCACCGCCGAUCUCCAGCUCUGACCCCACGGCGAACGAGUGCAAGCUCGUUGACUACCGGGGACAGAAGGUGGCCGCCUUCAUGAUACAGGGUGAAACGAUGCUAUGUCUUCCGCAGGCUUUCGAGCUGUUCCUCAAACACCUCGUCGGUGGUCUGCACACAGUCUACACCAAGCUAAAGCGGCUGGACAUUGUGCCGCUGGUGUGCAACGUUGAGCAGGUGCGAAUACUGCGCGGAUUGGGCGCCAUCCAGCCCGGUGUCAACCGCUGCAAGCUGCUGUCCUGCAAAGACUUCGACGUCCUCUACCGGGACUGCACCACGGCCAGAUGCUUGUCCAUAAAGCCACCUGAGAGUCUUAACUCCAGUAACUCUCUGCUAUCGCACAGUUCCAGGCCCGGCAGACCGCCGAAGCGAGGCCCGGUAGGACUCUCGAUGCCGACAUCGCACAUGCCCCAUCAUGCCCAGUUGAAGAAGCAUCGGCUGGACAACGGAGAGUUUGUGUACGAGAAUGGACAUCUAAACGAUUUGCCCCGGCUGGAUAAGUCCCCGCUGCUGGCAAACGGUUACAAUGCACCCCCGACGCAUCUGAACCACAUACCGUUCAUGCAGAUGAACCCGCACCCGGCCGCCGGCGGACAUCCGCUCAUGAGCCCCGGCGUUAACCCGCACGGCAUCCAGCGACCGGACGGGUCGAUCAUCAAGGGUCAGAACAUUCCCGGCAUGGAGGCGAUUGCAAGGUCGCAUCACACGGGGAUUUGGGAAAAUUGCAGAGCUGCCUACGAGGAUAUAGUGAAGCAUCUCGAAAGACUGCGAGAGGAGCGGGGCGAUGACAGGACACCAAACGUUGACCACAAGCCGCGAGAUCUGAGCUCACAGGGCAGUGGUCCACCGCUGGCAGACUCCCCGAACGGCCAGAGUCCCGCACUGAACCUGUCCAAGUCGGGCGUCGGGGAUCAUGGGGGUGGUGGCGCUAGCGGCGGCGGAGUAGGCGGUAUUGGUGGUGGCGGAGCUGGCAGUGGCAGCGGAGCGCAAAGCGAACGAAGCAACCCGAUCUCACCGGAACCGUCCGUGCACGAGGAGGACGAGAAUAUGAGUGAAGCCAACAUAUCCGACAUGGAAGAACCGAACGAUAAGGACGAAGACAUUAGCGACUGUGACCGGGACCUGCAUUCGCCGGUGCCAGCCGUCAUGCCGGUCCCGCCGGAUAUGGAGGCCCAUCGGCAGCAGGCGCUGAAUUAUUCGAGCUUGGCGGCCAGCGUUGCUGUUGGCGCGGUGCCCACCGGCCAGGACCCGAGCAUAUCGUCCACCGAGACGCUACUGCGGAACAUCCAGGGCUUGCUGAAGGUUGCGGCCGACAAUGCCAGGCAGCAGGAGCGUCAGACGUCCUACGAAAAAGCCGAGCUGAAGAUGGACGUAAUCAGAGAGCGCGAGGUGAAGGACUCGUUCGAGCGUCAGUUGGCCGAUGAAAAGCGACUGCGAGCACUGUACCAAAAGCGGUUCAAGAAGGAGCGCCGAUUGCGGAUGCAGAUACAGGAGCGGCUGGACGGGGAGCGCAAGCGGCGUGUGCAGCUAGAGGACAUCAUCAAGGCAUCCGGCGCGCCGGCUGAAGCGCUGCGAAUCAUUGCAGAAAACAUAAGUAGCGAUCAGCAGCAGCAGCAGCAGCAGCAGCGCGAGAAGGAGCGUGAGCGCGACUCGGAACGUGAGAAGGACCGGGAAAAGGAGCGCGAGCGCGACCGGGACCGGCGGGAGCAGGGACGUGAUAAAGGACAGGAACGUGAGCGAGAGCCGCUGCAUCAUCAGCAAUCGUCCUCGUCCUCAUCGGUGGAUCGGAAUCAUCGCGAGCACCGGAGCACUAUCGAGGAGUCGUUGCGCGCCGGCGAUCGGCAUCGCGUCGAGGUGGAGCGCGAGCGGCGGGCGUCCUCGUCCGAGCGGUACUCGAAGGAGGAUAGCCCGGCGCCCAACCUGUCGUCAUCGUCACGCCCGAGCCAGGAAGUGUCACCUUCCCAGCCCCCGCUCAGCGAGGGCAAAUCGUGGAACUAUCCCGGCCUCGACAUCAUGGCCACCGGGGCCUUCUGGCAGAAUUAUUCCGAAUCGCUAGCCCAAGAGCUGGAGCUGGAGCGGAAGGCACGGCAGCAAGCCGCGGAGGGGGAAGUGAAAGGGCCGCUGCAGGAUCGCUCCAAUUACUAUAAAAACUCCGUACUCUAUACUAGUGCCACUUAGUUCAAAUUAAUGCUAAUCUUUACAACCACAUUUUCAACACCACUAUUCGUAUAUUGGUAUCGCGUAACACAUGUGCAAUUAUACUAAAUCUGCAAGAUUCGUGCAUCUCACGGUAGCCGUGAAUAUGGCAAUUCAUUAUCCGGACGACCACUACGUAACAGCCACUGGCCGACAACAUAUUUCAGCAAGCAGCAGCAGCAGCAGCAGCACCGUCACAUUUAAAUGUACAUUACAUGCAGGUGCAUGCCAUGACGCACCAAAGCCGGAGGGGAAGCACCGGGAAGCAGCGACGGCGACAGGCCGAGUAUUAAACAAUGAACGAAACGUUAAACACACCUUUCUUUACAACAAUGCAAACUAUACAUUUGUACACUGUUUCGUGAACCUUCUUCAACUGGCAAGUUCCACAGCAAGCGCCACGCCACGCAUAGAGCGUUGGAGCUGCGGUGUUUGUUUGCUAAGAACGCUAAGAAGGGUCUAGAGACUGCUGUGCACCAUGAUACGAGCCCGAAUAGGAAAGAUACAUAGAUAGAGCUUCGAAAAGCCAUAAUGUCGCAUCCAGCAAAGGAACUUCUUGCGAUCUCAAAUCUGUGCAUGUUGCUCUCACUUGAUUUGAUUUCGGUUCGGAUUGAUCCAACAAGCUGCACGCUCUCCGAUGACAGGAACGAUGGAUAGGAAGAAUUCUGUGUCUUUGUUUUUUUAAAUAGAACAUUAGAGAUAGUCUAGCAGAAGCUGAAGCAGAAGCGGCGGGGCAAAAUUGGUAAAAAAGAAAGAAUAAAAAAAAAUCACCCUGAAAUAAACCUUUUUACACGAAGUAUUGGAUAAAUAGUAUAACCUACGGAAGAAUUUUCAUGGAACAUCGCUAACAUCAUAUUUAGAACUUGUAUAAAUAAUAGCAGAGCAGACGACGUUUCGACUGGUAGACACAAAUGCGAACUAAGCAACGCGACUAUCGACAAAAUUAUUCGAUAAGAGAUAAGAGCAAGCGAAGGAGCAUAGCAAGGAAGGAAAAACAAAACAAAAAAAACAUCAUAAGAAUGAGAAAACAUUUUAUAAAAUCAAUCUUCGUAUGUCUUUGUGUUACAACAUAGCAGAAGCAGUUUGCAAAGGUGGCAAAAAUGGGUUAGAUUGUAGCUCACAUACAGGAGGGUGUACAAAUGGAUUAUUAUUAAUUGGUCGAAAAAGGCAGCAACAUUAUAAGUGGUUUUUUUUCUUUUUAAUUAUUGCAUUUAACCGCUGAAAGGGGUGCAGCUUAAUUUUUAAUUGUAGCCGUUUUGAUUAUUUAUUUUUCGAUUAUAUUUAUCGUUUUAACAGACCGCUCACAGGCCCUCUAUGUGAAUCACUGUUAGAUUGUUGGCAACGAUUAAUUUCGUUUCUAAAUUAUCAUACAAGCUUAUUGUUAUGAGGUCUAGGUUUACAUGUAACUGUAUUUCAAUACACAAAAUAUGAAAUGUGCUAUGUGCUACAAAACACAAAAUAAACCUGUAUUAAUUAGCAUCAGCGAG